CGACAGCAUCAACACGUGCGUGGCUGGCGCCCGGCGUAUCAGGCCGACGCUUCAGGCGCAUGUAUCAUGAAUGAUAGGGCUUUUAUCCUCAAUAUUCCUCAACGUGCAGCAGAUGAGUAUUGUUGGGCUCACAUAACGGCUCUUGAUCAUGGCCAGCACCGAUGCAGAAACCGAAAUCGUCUUCAUGUUCCCUCCGAACUGUGGCGUCGAGGAAGUGGGUAUACCCCCUAUCGAGCCGGAUCCCGAUAUCGUGGGUAUCGGGGUCAUUCUUUCAUUCGUUGUUAUUGGGUCAAUGGUGAUGCUCCUCAACACAAUUCAGAUCAUCAGAGACACUCGCGCGAAAGGUCUGGCUGGCGUUUUCCUGCUCAAGCCUUUGAAGAUUCCAACAAAGGAUGGGAGGAAGUGGCCUACUCGACAAGACGCUAAGAGGUACCGACUGGCACAACUGAGCCGGGUCCAAACCGAUGAGGCCUCAGAUGUGGUGCCGGGUGACGGCGGGCUUGAUACCCAAACCAAGACGUCCACCACCAACGACAAAGUCGACAACGACGAGGACAGCGAAGAAUGCAGCCCGCUUGUUCGUUCUUACUCAGCCCUCGAAGAGGCGCUUUUCGCUCUUUCUGACACACAGUUUGCUACUGGUAUCGCCAUAUGUGUCGCAGCACUCGCCAAGAAGGACAUCGUGGUUUCUCACUACCUCGUGUGCCUCCAGCUGGCGUCAAUUGCGAUUACAGCAUCGGUUUCGGGAAUGAUGUCGGCGCGCUCUAUUCUUGACGGCAACAGUGUUAAAAAGGCUAUCCGGGUCUUCCUCAUGUGGGUGCUCUUUGGGUUGGUUCUCUUGCUGGAUGUGAAGCUCGAUCACAGCUUGUACUUCGCCGACAAGGUCCAUGACUUUGGGCCGUAUCGGGAUUUGUCGACACCUGAAGAGAGGUUGACAAUAUUUCUCUAUGCAUCCCACUUUCCAGGGUUGGUCUUGAAUACACUUUCUCUGGAUUUCGAAAUGUCGCUUCUGGUCAAUUACUACGCCGAGAAGGCCGUUACGGUGAUGUUUCUGCGUCCGGUUAAAGCUCUCAAAGAGCUUCAGCAGCUAUGGAAAAACAAUUCCAGACCGGCAGUACUUGUUAGCCUUGUUUUGCUUGUCCGCAGUGUGUGGAUCUUUGGGACCCUGCUGAUUCAGGGACUACUAUGGAUAGGCAUCCUCGGGAUUUACCUGUAUGUCUUUCAGCCGCUCACAACGCUGGCAAUCAGCAUUUCCUUCAUUGUUUGGCAGUUCGUAUUGGCAUUCCACUAUCGGGGUGUGGGUAGAGAUUGUAUGCACCCGGACAAGAGGGACAAGGAAGACGAGAUUGGAUUCGGACAGGUCGUGGCCCUAACGCUUCUGAUCUCUCCCAUCAUCGUAUGUGUCGACCUUUGGUGGCAAUCGUUCAAGAUGAGGGCACAGCGGCGGAAGGAGCAUCGAGCGCCGACAUGGGAGAAGGACGAUCGUGGCUCGGAUUCCGCAUCUGUUCAAACAGGUGGCUAAAGUCAAUUUCAAAACCGAGCGUAGCUGGCAGUCUUUGGGGGUUCCGGGUUGAGAUGCAAUACGUUGACCCGACAUCUCUAUAGGAUCAUGCAAGUAAAGAUGAUACAUACA